ACCAUGCGCUUUCUUACAGUUUAUUCAACAGGCAAAAAGACUAAAUUCAGUAAUUUUCAUGUUUUUCGAAGAUUUGGUAAUAUGUUAUUAUGGGACAUUUUUUAACAUCACAUUAAGUAAAUAUUAUAUAAUGAGUUGUCAGAAAGGAAAUGCGCAGCGUUCUCGACCUCAAAAAUAUAAAAAUGAAACUAAAUUUAAAAAUGAUAAGUAUGAUUCUAGCAAAAAAACCCAGUUCUUGAACAGCAUGGAAAUAACUUCUCUGUGUCCAAGGUGUGAAUCCAUAAUUGUUUGGAAAAUACGAUACAAAAAGUAUAAAUCGUUAACAGUUCCUUCAAAGUGCACUAAAUGUGGAGGAAAAUCUGUGAAAUUUGCUUAUCACACUAUUUGUACAGAAUGCAGUGAAAAACUAAAAGUGUGUGCAAAAUGUGGAGAAAAUAAAGAAUCGGAAAGUUGACAUUUGUAUUUCAUGCAUAGCCUGUAAAUAAACUUAUACAUUUUGGACA